UCAUCCAAUGGCAUCGGACGGGCCACUGCGCAGUUGUUCGCACAAGAAGGAGCCUCGGUUACUUUGUGCGGCCGUAAUGAGACAUCUUUGCAAGAAUCCAAACGUUUAGUACUGGCUAAAAAUGGCAACAAUGAAGCAAAAGUUGUUCUUGUGAAAGGAGAUUUACGCAAGGAAGAUGUGAUGAAGAAAACAAUUGAUGACACAGUCAAGAAAUUCGGACGCUUGGACGUACUGGUAAACAAUGCCGGUGGUAUGCCGACAGAAGCACCUUUGGGCGGCUGUGAGAUAGAAGGUGACUUAAGCAGGUUCGAUUAUGCAUGGGAAAUAAACACAAAAAGUAUAUUGCGCCUUUGUCAGCUCGCACUUCCGCAUCUCGAAAAGACAAAAGGAGAAAUUGUGAAUGUAAGCAGCAUUGCUGGACUCAAUAAUGGAUCGGGAACGCUUAGCCCGUUCUAUUGCAUAGCGAAAGCUGCUCAAGAUCAGCUUACGAGAAACAUCGCACUUCAUUAUAUCACCAAAGGAGUUCGUGUAAACUCUGUAAAUCCCGGACUCGUCUCCACUAACAUCUUCCAGAAGCACGGGUUUUCCGAUGAAUUGGUCAAGAAGUGGGAGGACGAGUUGGUGGCAGAAUUCAAGCGCGUUCCCUGUCAACGUGUUGGACAGCCUGAGGACAUAGCAGAAGCGAUACUAUUCUUAGCUGACAGGUGA